AUGGUAUUCAGAGAUUUCCUCGGCGGCAUUCUUUCUCCGCGGGCGCAAGAAGAAGAUCAUGACGAUGAACUACAAAAUGCAUACACAAAAUUACGGGCUGACAAGAGAACAUCAGAGCGAAAGACAAAGGCAAUUAGGGCCGCGGAAAAGAUCUUCUCUGUUCUGAAAGUCAUUCUGCCGAACUGGAUCAAGACCGCUGACUUUGGAGAUGAAACAGCGGCCACGACCCUAUGCCUUGCAAAUACCGAUCUGGGUCUUGAAGGUUGCUGCAACUUCGAUCAUGCUAAACCUGCAUCUUCAUGCAAAGAUCUGUGAUGCUGCAUGGGUAGUACCAAAAGCUGUUUUCUUUUGACCAGGUUGAGGGGGACGAGUUUAUUCUCAUGCAGUAUAGGCAUGGUAUUAAAGACUACUUCGAAGAAUCUGUCAUGCUGGGUGCCGCACUCCAGGGCUGCUCAAGGGUCAAGGUCAUGGAAAAUCUGCAUGGAAAGCGUUGCAACCUUCCAGACCUACACAUGAUAUUUGCGCUUGAUACACGACCCUAAAAAUUUUCAACGAACAAGAAGAGCAAGAAUUUCGGGACGCGGUUCGGGCACACUACGAGCGCCGGCAAACGGAGGAAGAGCAGGGAAUAACGAGGGAGAUGAGACAGCGUGGAAUUUUUAAAAAAGCUAUGCACCCGCGGAUCGUGACCCCGGAAGACCUAUCCACUGCAGAUAAAGUAUCGUACUAGUAUAAAUCGCAUGACAAAUUGGAAUUUCCUCGGCAUGCGAAAUGAAAUUUGUAAUGCAAAUUUAACUUAGCAGAAAAACUUGUAAUGCACAAAUGCGAUUAGUACGAGUACCUUACUUUUGCAGUGCAUAAGACCACAUCGAGUCUUUACCGGUGGACGAAUUGGUGGAGAAGAUCAUCCAGGAAGACCUUGUGCAGAACCUGCACCUAUGAACUGCAAAUAUGUCUGGGUCUGGAAACUUGUGAUGCUGAGUGGCGUAUCAGGAGGAGGCCACAAGUUUUGGCUCAGCAUGACCACAAGUUUCUGACGAGCUUCUAGGUGUUGCCUAUUCUGCGUGAGGACAAAUUGCGUUUCUGCAUGACAGAGCAAUGGGGCUCUUGGUCUUGGAUAUAAGCGUGCAUGACAGAUUUCAGAGUCAUCCCAGACUCAAGCAUGACAAACUUGCAUUCUUCCAGACGGAGACAUUUUUGCAAUCCAUAGCACCUUUCGUUUGACCAUCUACGGGCACAAGAGGAAAGCUUGAUGAAGAGCCUGGCCUUACUUACCUACAAAGACGAACUGGAGGGCAUGUUGGCCUUCACCGUGGGGCACAUGAUCGAAGUUCCGGAAAACUAUUUGCGCAAGUACCGAGCCGAGCCAAAGGAGGAGGAGUUUUUUGUCGUGAGAAUUCUCAAAACCAUUGUCGAAGACGCGAAAAAGAACCACAAACUUUGUUCUUAUCCUGUGCAAACGUAUCUGAUACUCGUAUUGCAGUCAUGCAUAAUACAAAUCUUUUUUGUAAGGUAAAUCCGCAUAUAAAAAUUUCACCUCUGAUGCUGAGGAUAUUUGGAAAAUGCAUUGAUACGAGUACUACGAUACUUUUGCAGUUCAUAGUGCUGGUGACCAUCAGCCGAUUGAUGCGCAACAAGGAGUAUCAAAUGCAAAAAUGUCUGGGUCUGGAAGAAUGCGCGAUUUGUCAUGCAGCUUUUCCAUGAGCCAUGAGGUCUGGAAUGCAGGACCUAGCAUGACAGAUUCUGCGCGAUCUCUCUCAUGCCUAUCCUGCAUGACAAACUCCCUCCUGACUUGUUCUAAACUGGACGACUUUUGGUAAUCAUGCAACACAGAUUUUUGCAUGCUGGAGAUUUAGCAUGACAAGUUCCAACCUUCCAGACCCAGACAUUUUUGCAUUUGAUAAGGAGCCGCCGUCAGUAGGCCCAGGCGUGGCGCCGAUCAUCUGGUGAAACUGACCGGAAACUGUGUGCCCAAGCGAAACGAACACCUGGAAAUGUGCCACGGGGUCGUGCACUGUGCGAACCACAAGCUCGUAAUGGAGACCGAGGGCCGGCGCGCACACUGGUGGGGUUGGCAGAACUUGGACAAUUGUGAGCGGGCACGAACCGAUCUGCAACUGCAAUUUCUUGCGCCGCCAGACGAAUCCGCGACGACGCAGCUCGGCCGGCAGCAAAAGUUUAUCCGGGGCCAGAACACGGACUGCUUUGGACGGCAGACCUGCGACGCGUGUCAGUACCGAAAUAUCGAG